AUGUCUUCGAGAUGCUGUAGGAACGAUAGCGCAACGACCACGACUUUAAAGUCUCUUCCUAACUUCGAAAUAGAAAAGCUGAGACACCUCUUAACUGUUCACGACGAUAUGGAUGUUGACAAGUCGAAACUUAUAGAACCCUUAUUACAACUAAUUAAACAAAAUCAUAUGUACCCGUACUAUGAAAAAAUAAAAGCGAAGUUGGGAAUCAUGGAAGAUGACCCGGAAAUAGAAAGUUUUAAGGAGUUGAACAAGAAGGCGGUGGAGGAAUUUGAUGAAAAAAUCGAAUUCGCAGAAAAGAACUUCGGCACCUCUGAAAUAAAGGAUGCAAUAGUGGACAAGGGAAACUUUUACUUUAAAAUCGGGGACGAGGAGAACACGGUUAAGGUGUACGAACUGGCGCUUGAAAAGACAGUCGGAGUGAACAGUAAACUGGAAAUAGUGCUGGCGAUCAUGAGAGCAGCAUUCUUUUUUAACGACGUGCCGCUGCUGGUGAAGUACAUGGAGAUUGCAAAACAGGACAUUGAAAAGGGCGGAGACUGGGAGCUGAGAAACAGGCUUCACAUCUACGAGGCAGUGCAGCUGAUGCUCUGCAGGAAGUUCAAGGAAGCGGCUGAACUGUUUUUGGACUCAAUGUCGACCUUCACAGCAACGGAGUUGAUAUCGCUCGAGGAACUGGUCUUGUAUUCAGUGACACUAUCACUGGUCACCAUGGAUAGGACCGUUAUAAAGAACAAGGUUCUAGGGUCCUCGGAAGUUAGUCAAGUGGCCCCCCCGGGGUCAUCUCUCUACCAACUGAUAAGUGAAUUUUACAACGGCAACUACAAGAACUACAUGAGGCACCUAGUUGAGGUCAGCAAGAUUAUAGUUAAGGAUCGCUAUCUGGGCCGUCAUUGCAGAUACUUCGUGAGACAGGCCAGACUGCCGGCCUACAGGCAGUUCCUGAGGCCCUAUAAGUCGGUGACGCUAAAAAACAUGGCAGACGCAUUCCAAGUUUCGAGCGAAUUCAUAGAAGAGGAGUUGGUCUCCUACAUCAGUGGCAUGAGACUUGACUGUAAAAUUGACAAAGUCAAUGGCAUUAUUGAGAACAACGUUGUGGACGAGAGAAACAAUAACUACGUUCAGACAAUUAAGCAGGGCGACCUUCUCAUCAAUAGGAUUCAAAAGCUGUCAAGGAUUAUCGACAUGUAG